AUGGCAACAGACGAUACACGGUUGCCGCGACAGACUAUGGAGUCAACAGAGAGAAGACAGAUUUCCACUCGUAACUCUCCAGAGAUGAAAACCUCUCGGUCAGGCUCAAGAACGGAUGGAGCGGCUCAGCCACCCAAGGUGACAUCGCCUUUCCUCGCAGUUCGUGUGCUGCGCUGUGAAGGCCUGAAGCACUCGGGCAUGCAUGCAGUUGAAGUCGAGGUCGGGGGUCACCGGCGAGUCUCGGGGUGGAUCGAAGGCUGUCAUGACGCAACCUUCAAUUUCUCUUCGACCUUCAACAAAGUGCCUCGGGACGGCAACGUUCGACUUUCGGUGUGGCACAAACGCUCCUGGCGGGAAGACAAGCGCGUCUGCGAUACAUAUUACUCGAUAGGCUCGCUGUUCUCGGCGCCAGCGCAUGCGUAUCGCGGGUGGCUGGGACUGGAACAGAACACGCGUUUCGCAGGACAAGUUCUCGUUGAAUUCAGUCUGUUGAGCAGGGGAACGUCGGAGAACCAGCGGGAAGCCGCGAGGCUCGCUGCUUCAGAACUCGAGGUGAAAGCUGAGUCAGGCCGCUCCCAGGCGACGGAGGGGCCGAGUGGGGAGAAGACGGGAGAAGAACGAGAGGGAAAAGAGGAGCAGAGUCUCAUCGGAGACAGAGGGCGAGAGAGCGGAGAGAGAGAAAGCGGAGAUGAUGUCGACAAACGAGCAGCGACAGCGGCUUCACCAUGUGGACGGCAUCGUCUUCCCGACCAUGCGUACCCUGUCAAACGGAGUAGCCAACAGGCGCCUGAGAAGGAGAAGAGUUCCGACGUUGUGGCUUUUUCGUCUUCACCUCCUAGCCCCGUGCUCCCGUCUGGACCUUCCUCUGGUGUCACGUCUUCUUCGACUUCUCUGCAAAAAACAGCCUCGUCUGCAGCUGGAGAAAAGAGAAACGACGAAGCGACAAGGAAAACCGACGAGAGAGGAGGGGCAGAUUCUCGAGACGCUGAUCUUUCUUCUCCCGCGGCUCUGGGUUCACCUGUGUCUGGUCUUCUUGUCGAUCUUCUCUCUCUCGAUGUCGAGAUUCACGGCUCUACUGAGAAGAAGAGAACAGAGACAGAGGGGUCACCUUCUCUCUGUUUCUCCGGUGUCCCGGCAGGUCAGCCUGUGCCUCAGCCGAGACAAGAGCUGCAUUAUCCAGGAGUCGUCUGUUCAGGAGUGGUACAACAAGGAAAUAAACAAAGAUGUGUAUCUUCAGUGUCGUCCUACGCAGAAGGCGACGGAGGUGAGGCAGCAGACAUGAGACCGACUGAAGCGCAAGGGGAAGCUACUCGUACGACGGAGAGACAAGAAGAAUUCGAGUCUCUCCCCAGUGAACGAAAACACCGAGACAGAAAGCAAGCAACCUGCGAACAGUCUCUGGUGUCUCGACAGCACGCUGCAAACAAGCCGCCCGAGGAAGGAGGGUCCGCUUUGCGACUUUCCAUGGCCUCGCCCACGAGGCAUUGCGGAGACGAAGAGAUGUCGAAAGAGGAGGAAAUAACGAAGAACAGAGAGAACGAAAGCGCAACAGACAGCGAGAAAGAAAGAGCACAAGACAGAGAUGAAGCGAACACGAGAGCGAGCGAAGAAGAAGGCGUCAGGAGGCAGGCGACGCAGCAAGGAAGCGCUAGCGAGUGUGCAGAACGAGAAACUUGGAAUCUCGAGAGGCGAGAGAGAAACCCAUCUCGGGAACGUACGAGGGAGCAAAGAGCCAUGACUGCGCAGAGAGGUCGGGGGAAAGAAGGCGGGGAAAGCAGAUGUCAGAGAAGAAACUCAGGAGACGAGAACUCGAGAGACUUAAGAGGCACUCACCAAGAGAUUAGGCUUCAGAACGCGGGUCCCGAAUUGCGGCCAGUCCUUCCGGGAGAGAAAACAGAGAAAGACAGGGGAGACCCGCGAGCGAAGGAAGGAAAGAAACAAACCACUGAAGCAGAAGCCAUCGCGGGGAAACACGCAGAGGCAGACGGAGAUAACAGUUCACGUUUUAGAAACCAGGGAAGGAGCAUUUUUCCUCCAGAAAGUGAAAUUUCAUCUCCAUCUCCUCCAGUUAAGUCUCCAAGGAUAGACUCUGCCCCUGUUUCCUCUGUCUCAACAUCUCGCGCUUCUGCAUCUUCUCCACAUGCUUCUUUUUCAAGCGAGUCGCAACGCCAGUUUAUGACCGCUUCCCCUUCUUGCUGCCAGGAGGCGAAAAGGGACAAAACACCCAUCGAGUCUCUCUCUUCGUCUUCUCCUUCCUCUUCUUCUACUCCUUCUUCGUCGUCUUCGUCUUCUUCUUCCGUGGCGCUUUUGGCGCAUGCUUCGGGUGCUGCGGGAGGCGCGGCUUCUCCGGCUUUGCACGCAGCCCUCGAGGACGCGGGCAAGCGCGAGAGAGACUGGAGAGCUCUGGAUGAAAUCUUUUUCGCCGAGUCUUCACGUUUGCGAAGAGUGUCGAGAGAAGGGUGUCAGCCAUUUCUGAGGGCAGAGGGCGACGCGAAGAGAGUGGGUGACUCAGCUUCCUUCGUCGACGUGCAGGCCGCGAACGACGCUGGGGGCGAGACGACGACGGGGGAGAGUCGAGCCGAGAAGGAGGAGGCGGUUUUUCCUAUCGUCGCUGAGCACCGAGACAUAGAGGACGAGGCCUGGAGAGAUGCAGGUGUCAAGGGAGACGAGGGGAGAACGCGAGGACAUGCGGGAGGCAACAGGGAAGAUGAGAUGGGGAUCUCAAAGAAAGAGACAGAGACUGUUUCGCCGCGCGGCCGAUCAACCCACGAAGCUUCAGAGCCGCUGGACGUCUCGCUGACUCGCCGCCGAAGGUUCUCAGUGACUUCCGAGGGCUGCAUAGAAGCCGGGAGUUUCCCUGAGGGCGCUGAGGGAGCGUCGACGGAGGCGCAUGCAAGAAGAAGCAGCCACUCUCGUUGCGUCGAUUUUGGGAGAGACACAGAGAGAGACAGUGGUUUUCGCAAACGGGAGACUUCAGACCUGGACCAGAGCCGUCUGGACUCGGGUUGCUGCUCUGCAGAACUUCCUCCCGCUGCCUUCGAGACCGACGCUUUCAGGGCGCCCCUCUUCCCUGCACACAAGGAGACAGUUGCGCCUUCACGGCAACAGUCUCCUCCAGGAGACAAGUCCGCCGUUCGCGUGGCUCCGCCCAUCUUCCCCGCAGACGAACCGACCCCUGGACCGAAGGAUGAAGAGAAUGAAAAGCUCGCUUCUGUACUCGCUUCUUCUCUUUGUUCUUUUCAGGGUGGGCCUGGGACGCGGGUGUCGGGAGACAGGCCUUGGCCGACGCGGGUGGAAGAAGCGAAGGUCUUCCUCGAACGAGAGGAGAACGAAGACCGAAGGCGAGAAAACGGGACUGUGGGGGCGCGAGACUUACAUUUCGCUGCGAUUGAGGAGAAACAGACGACUGCAGCUAACAGGGCUUCUGAAGAAGAGAAGAAACAGUUCCAUCGCGAAGCACUCGCAGAGUAUCGCAGGAAGACUAGAGAAGCCACAAAGGCGUUCGGACCUCUCCACGCGUAUUCGCCGUGGGGAGGCGUAGGCGCGUUCCCGUCGCCGCGACCUCAGAGACCUGAGACGGCGCCUGUCGAUGCGUCUGCAGAGCCCCGCCAAAGUGUGUCGGAAUCGUCUCCGGCAAUAUCUGAACGACGCUCCUCGGGCUCGUGGUUUUCCGCGUUCCCAGUGGUUUCUUGGUAUCCUGUGAUGCCUCCGGAACAGACCUCAACGCCUGGCGGAAGAGGACCGAGAGAGGAAGGCACAAACAAGGAGACAAAAGGAAGGGAACUGCCGGCCGACAGCGGCUGGGGCGACCCGAGGGCCCCUGGGGAAGACCGCGCGGAUCUUGCUUCGCCUCCUUUUCCUUCUUCUUCCUGCUCCUUCGACGACCUGAAGCUUGCGGAACGCCCGCCUGAGGUGUCUCCAGAGAAGAAGAAGCCGUUCUCGCGUCUGCGGUUCCAUCUCGGGUGGCCUCACCUGAAGAGCAGCGGCAAAACAGAGAAGAGGAAGUCGGAAAAGAAGGCAGAGACCGAGGUUUCGGAGCCGCAAUCCACAGCGGAAGUUGGCGUGUCGAUUUCGCCGCGAAAAAAGGCCCCAAGAGACGCGGAGCCCGGGGCCGCGGGUCGACCGAGAGAAAAGAGACGAUCUGUCUCUUCUUCUUCUCGGCGCUCGACGGUCUCGGCGCCUUCUUGGAGCCUGCCAAGUUCGCCCUCAUUUCCCACUGAGAGAGACGCAGAUGCCCCCCCGUUUCCCCUUGCGGAUCCUCCUCGAACACACUCUGGCGCUUCUCUGCGGUCUCGAUCUUCGUCUCGUUCCUCGUCUGAGCGCCGUUUUCAGGUUUCUGCGAGGUCCCGGCCUGCUCCGCCUCCUUUGCCAGUCUUGCCGCCCCCACCCCUGGAUGUCGGAGAUCUGGACGCGGGGGCCGACCCUGAAGGCCAUCUUUCUUCGCCUUCUUUCCUUUCUUCUCUCAGGCAGAAUUCAGUGGCUGCUAGCGCGGCGGGGGACGUGGACCGGAGUUCGCGCGAGCAGAGAAAGGCGUCGGUGUCAAGACAGAAUGUCGAGUUUCCUCAAGUUCCUCCGUGGUCCAAGGAAGAAGAAAGGGCCUUCAUCCGGCUCGGUUCAGAGACUGUCUCCGCAGACGCCCCUCGACUCGCGCCGCCACCGGGGGAUGUAGUGGUGGAGCUUCCAAGACAUCGCGAAGAAGAGGCGAAGCACCUGGCCAAAAUAGGGGAAGGCGACCAACGGACUCUCGUGAAAAAAACGAAGAAGGGGUCGAGGAAGGUGCACAGUUCCAAGAAGACGAGACAAGCGUCUUCGAGUUCGCCCUCCCAGGGGGAAGAGACGUUCUUUCCCGACGCUCCUACUGCAGAUAGUCCUUUUCCUCUCGAGCCUUCUCUUUUCCUCGAGGCGUCUGGGUGGACGGAGAACGCCCCUCCCCUCGCCUUGUCUUCUGCUGUCUCUUCUUUCCUCUCGCCUUUGCCAGGCUCUCAGCCGCCUGAUGUGUCUCCUCGCCCUCGCGACGCAGAGGGCAGUGCGGUCCCCGCUACGCCUGCGUUUCUCGCUUGCGAACCAGAGAGACCAAGGUACGCAGAGAAAGGGAACUUCUUCUUUUCGACGCCUCCCAGGACCCCUUCCCUCGCGAUGCCCUGCAGACCUCCCGAGCACGCGCUCCCCGACCGAGAGCCUCUUCCGCCGCUCUCGCCAGAGACGAGACGCCGCUGCCAUCGCCGCGGGGCGGGAGAAUCUGAGAUGGAAGCAGGCGAAAAAGACCAGACCCUGCAUGCAACACGCGUCGGGAAAAUGAAGGUGGGAAGAGACGUUCGGCCUCUUGGGCUCCCUGGAGGCCCCUACGAGGACCGACGAGAGUCUAAGGAGCCGGCAAGAAGAAGUACAGCCGAAGUGAGAAGAUUCUCAUCUGGAAAGCGACGCCAGUCUGGUGUCAAGACGGCAGUGCCUUCCGCAGACAUCACUGGAGGAAAGGUUGGGGGUCGUGCGCAUGCGAUGCAUGCAGGAGUUUCAGGUGUCGCUUCUUUCUCUUAUCCUCGUAGUUCUGACCUUCCAGCGUCUACCUUGAGUCCGCCUGGGGGGUACCCAGGUGCCGUUUUGUCUCCGUUCGGACCUGGGUCGCCUCCAGGUCCUGCUUCUUCCUCCGCUUCUUCUCUGCAGUGCCUCAUGGCCCGCGGAUUUUCUCCCUUUGACACCUUGACGCCCGAAGCGAGUUCUCCGUCUCCUUGCUGUCCGCCUGCGUAUCCUGUGUUGGCGACGCCUCUCCCUUCGGCGCCUGUUGCCCUCGCUGCACAUCCAUUCUGCUCUUCCUCGUCCUCCCCGUCCUCGCCGUUCGCCUCUGCUUCGCCAUACCUGGCCUCAGCCCAGAAUCCUGCCUUUCAGGUGUGGCGAGAGAACGCCGUGGAGUGUCGUAACAGCGCAGUGGUCGCGCCCCAGAUCCAGGUGCAGCGCCUCGCUCCCCUGGACGGUCGAGAAGCGAAGAACGCCUCUCUUUCUUCUGGCUCGCCUUUUGCAACUUCUGUGUCUGCUCCUCCUCUGCCUUCGAGCGCAACCCUCGCUGGAGGCCAAGGAACCGAGAGGAGCUAUCAUAGGCCCGAGGCACAGAACCGCAAUCCGUUCUCAGCGCUUGCCGAUUCCACGCCAGUAUCUGCGGCCCCGCUGUCCUCUGCCUCAGCCCCUGUCUCUUCUCUUCCUUUCUCUCUCUCCACGUCUCCCUCAAAGCUCUUGCCCAUUGUUGUGCCUCCUCCCUCUUCUCCAGCGUCUUCUUUCGUGUCUGCUGUCUCUUCUGGGCUGUCUGCUGAGUCUCUGUCGCACUCGCCGUUUGCGGUCUCAGUCCCGAUGUUGUCCGGAGUGCAUGCGCCCGGGACGAAGCUUCCGGUUGGAAGCUUGAAUCACCGAAGGUCUGCGUCUGAGAGCGACAGAGACGUCGAUCGGAAUCCGUUUGCGCUUUUGGGUUCGGGUACGAAGAGAGAUUCUUUGUCCGCUAUGAAGACGCCAACUUCCUGUCUGUCUGUCGCGCGUGCGUCGCAUGCACCACAAACAACCGCUGUGAGGAAUUCUUCCAGUGGCGUCUGUGUCACUGCCUCUCCUUUGGUGUCUCUCCAGGGACUUCAGGGUGGUCCGCCGCCCUCGGGUCCCUCUUCCUCCUCAGGCGCGAAUUGCUCAGCGUCGGUUUCUUCCGUCUCUCCUUUCGCUCUCUCGCGCCGAGCCCAAGGCGCAGGUGCGGGAGAUGGUUUGCACUGGAAAGGUUCUCAAGCUCUGCUCUGCGACAGGCCUGAGGAGACAGGAGACAGUCGCGAGGCGGAGAAGCCGCGACAUGGAACGCGAGAGAGAAGAGCUGGGAGCUUUUCUGGAGAUACCCGUACCCCGAAGGAGAGAAAGGGCUCGGUAGAUGCGAGGGAGAGUGGAGCCGAAGAGAGACCCACACGAGGGAGACAGAGACAGAGAACCGUGUCUGAUGGGCAGACAGGACGAGGCGACGGGGUCGCCAGCCCCGCAAUUCAAGCUCCACGCUUCCCGUCGCCCACCCCCCACUGAACGUUUUUUUGUACAGAAUGUCUACGAGAAGUGAUGGGCAUGUCACCUGAAAAACUUACGGGUCCCGGGACUGUGAGCGUCGUUCUCGUUUCUUUUCACUCAUCCGGUUGCUCCGCGUUUCUUUCUUACAAAGGUCUCU